AUGACUCAGCGGCGUAUCAACCACCAAGGCAAAGAAGCGACAGAUCGUGAAGUAUGUGACGUUGAUGAUACUGUAGCUUCUCGCAGCGUCUUUCGACGCACGGCACCAAAUGCAUCUGCGCUUCAGUCCAUUAUGCUUGGCACUGCUCGAUCGAGAGAUCGAAUGGACGAAUGCGAACGAGCACGAGCUAAGAAGAAACUUGAGCAUCUCAAUGCUACAGUAAAGAAACAUUAG